CAGAUAAAAAAAAAAAAAAAAAAGAAAAAACUUGUGGGAAGGGGAAGGGGAAGGCUUGCUUGUCUUGUUUUCUUUGUUUCUUUCCCAUUGCAAUUUCUUCAAAUCACCAAAAAAACCAGGAGGGAGAGAAAGCAGAAGAGGAGAGGAGACACAAAGCUCGAUCACAAAAAGGUUUUGUGUCUCCUCCUGCUAAGCAAAGAGAUCAAAGGAGAUUAUAAGGCAAGAAGAAAAGGGUGCCACCAUGGAAUAUGAAACUAACAACUGGAUUUGGGAUGGAAUGUACAACCACCCACAUGUAUUUGGCGGUCUAAUGCUCACGGCCGCCUUGCUCGGCUUGUCCACGAGCUAUUUUGGUGGAAUUACGGUGCCCCAGUUGCCGUAUUUAUGGUCAGAUUCAGGGAUCUUUCAUAAGAAGAAAUGUGAUAGGAAGCACAUUCGGGUUUACAUGGAUGGUUGCUUUGAUCUCAUGCAUUAUGGCCAUGCCAAUGCCUUGAGGCAAGCCAAGGCUUUGGGAGAUGAGUUGGUGGUGGGCGUUGUUAGCGAUGAGGAGAUUAUUGCCAAUAAAGGUCCACCUGUUUUAUCCAUGGAAGAGAGAUUGGCUCUCGUGAGUGGUUUGAAGUGGGUGGAUCAAGUCAUAACGAAUGCUCCUUAUGAAAUUACUGAGCAAUUCAUGGGCAAGCUCUUCAGUGAGCAUAAGAUUGACUAUAUCAUACAUGGUGAUGAUCCUUGCCUGCUGCCAGAUGGAACUGAUGCUUACGCCUUGGCGAAAAAAGCUGGCCGCUACAAGCAGAUUAAACGCACUGAAGGUGUCUCCAGCACAGAUAUUGUAGGGAGGAUACUUUCUUCUUUAAAGGAUACAAAUGAUGGUGAAAAUCAAACUGAGACAUCCUUGCAUAAAACCCCAGAAAGUCAACCCAAGAGUGCCAGUUUAUCUCAAUUUCUACCAACAUCCCGGCGUAUUGUGCAAUUCUCUAAUGGAAAGGGACCUGGACCAAAUGCUCGUGUUGUGUACAUUGAUGGGGCAUUUGAUCUCUUUCAUGCAGGACAUGUUGAGAUUCUGAAGAAUGCUAGGCAGCUCGGAGACUUUCUACUAGUGGGCAUCCACAAUGAUGAGACUGUCAGUGAACACAGAGGGAAGUAUCCAAUUAUGCAUUUGCACGAACGUAGUCUUAGUGUAUUGGGUUGCCGUUAUGUUGAUGAAGUCAUCAUUGGUGCUCCCUGGGAAGUUACCGUGGACAUGAUAACAACUUUCAACAUUUCAUCGGUUGUGCAUGGGACAGUUUCCGAGUACAACUUCUCGUUAACUGGCGAAAGCGAUCCUUAUUCUGUUCCCAAGAGCAUGGGGAUUUUCAAAUUGCUUGAAAGCCCUAAAAGUAUAACAACAACAUCAGUAUCCCAGAGGAUAAUUGCAAAUCAUGAUGCUUACUUGAAACGCAAUGCCAAAAAGAACGAGAGCGAAAAGAAAUACUAUGCACAGAAGACUUAUGUCUCGGGAGACUAGCCCGUAUGGAAUAUAUAGUAAAGUUGACCGGUGCUCAUUGAAGAGCUGCGUGUUGUUGAGGCUAUAGAAAAACGCCAUUUUGCUAGGACAAGAAGAGAAUUGAAGGGAAGGACAUGGAAGGAUACCCUCAACAGACUUAUGUAGAGCAUUUCCUUUUCUUCUUUCUUUUUUUCCCAUUUCAGUGUAUCUCUGUUAGAAUAGAGAUGAGAAUCUGAGUAAUAUUUUAACCUCGUCAAACCCCCUUGUGCAUAUUUAUGAUCAAAAUUUAUUUGGGUGUUUACACUUGUCCCCAUUUAUGCCA